AUGUCUAUAGUAAAAUCUUCCAGAAACAAGGACCAGCUUUUGUUAGAUGGAUUUCGUUAUCGGCGUGCUAAUAAAUCUCAAUCAAUUUGGCGGUGCUAUAAAAAUAAUUGUGCUGGUCGUGUACGUUGUGAUGGUUUACAAUAUGUUAAUGUAACUGAUCAUAUUCACGCACCAUGUCCAGAAGAAUUAAUUGCUAUGGAGUUCAAGUCAAAGAUUGUGGAUAGCGCAGUAACAUCGUACUAUCCACCAAGACGUAUUAUUAAUGAAGCUUUAACGAUAGUUAGUAAAGACGAUGGAACAGCUGUACCAAAUUAUACAUCAUCACAACGUACUAUUGAAAGAAAAAGAAGAAAAAAAGACAUACCAUUGCCAAGACCGAAAUCAUUUGAUGACAUAAUGAUUCCCGAUGGGCUCAAGGUGACUCAUGGAGGUGGUCGAUUUUUAUUAUAUGAUAAUGGAAGUAGUAGUAAGCGAAUAAUAAUAUUGUCAUCCGAUGAUGAUCUUGAUUGCUUGUCUAAUUCGGAGCAUUGGCAUAGUGACGGCACAUUUAAAAUUGCACCCCAACUAUUUGAACAGCUUUACGUGAUAUUUGGUUAUGUAUGUGGUCGAGCACUUCCAUUGGUUUACUGUAUGGUUUCAGGAACAGCUGAAGUUUUAUAUGAUGAAAUAUUUGGUGUGAUUUUACAACAUAUAUCUGGUCGACCAAAAACGAUCAGUAUUGAUUUCGAAAAGGCAGUGGAAAAUUCAAUAAAACAAUCAUUACCAACAACAUCAAUAAGCGGGUGCUUUUUUCAUUUUAAACAAUGUUUGUGGAGGAAGAUUAAAAAUCUUGGUUUACAACAAUCUUUUGUAGAUAAUUCUGAAGUACGACGUUGUUUAAAAACUAUUGGCUGUUUGGCAUUAAUUCCUGAACAAUACGUUAUUCUUGAAUUUGAAAAACUUCAAGAGACUUCUCCUGAUUCAUUAAAUAGUAUACGAAUUAUUUUUCUUGAAAUAGUUUUAGAACUUAUUUCCAUUUGUGUUUUAGAUUUUCUUGAUUAUUUUGAGGAUACCUUUAUUGGUCGUGUCAUUCGUAAUAAUCGUCGUCGGGCUCCACGCUUUGCAAUUAAAAUGUGGAACUGUUUUUUACGUUUAGAUCAAGACCUUCCACGGACAAAUAAUUCAUCAGAGGGGUGGAAUAGAGCUAUUAAAAAUUCAGCUCGUGAAAAUCCUUCAGUAUAUGAAUCAAUAACAGACUUAAAAAUCGAACAACAUGCAAAUCUUAUUGUAGCUGAACAAUUACAAGCUGGAGUCGCAAAAAGAAGAAGACGCAUCAAAUACGAAAUGCUCGAUGAACAACUCCAACACUUAGCAUCGAACUUUAAUGUAUUGUCUAGAGAAAUAUAUUUAAAACGAGCAAGGGCUCUUUUCUAUUUUUGACAAAAUGAAUAUUUACUUAAAUAAAAUCAUCUUCUUGUAUUGAUUUAUUUUAUAAUUGAUUUGAGGCUCAAUUGUCGGGGGCUCAAUAGUCGGGGCUCAACUGUCGGUAGGCUCAACUGUCGGUAGGCUCAACUGUCGGGGGCUCAAUUGUCG